CUGCGUCAGAGCCGGGCCGCGGCCCGGAGGGGUCCCGCCGCCGCGCGCUCGCCCCGCCUGGGCCCUGGCGUCCCGGGCAGAAGGGCUGCCCAGCCCGGAGUGGACUCGCCGCCGCUCCCACCCUACGGCCCCGCAGACAGACAGCCGGGUUUAAAUGGACUGGCAGCCGAAGAGACGGGUCGCAAAGCGUGAGGAGAAGCGCCCCAGCAAGCCGAGAAAAUGCAGAGUACGUCUAACCAUUUAUGGCUCUUGUCUGAUAUCUUAGGCCAGGGGGCCACUGCAAAUGUCUUCAGAGGAAGACAUAAGAAAACUGGUGAUUUAUAUGCUGUCAAAGUAUUUAAUAACAUAAGCUUCCUUCGCCCAGUGGAUGUUCAAAUGAGAGAAUUUGAAGUGUUAAAAAAACUCAAUCACAAAAACAUUGUCAAAUUAUUUGCUAUUGAAGAGGAGACGACAACAAGACAUAAAGUACUUAUUAUGGAAUUUUGCCCAUGUGGGAGUUUAUACACUGUUUUAGAGGAGCCAUCCAAUGCCUAUGGACUACCGGAAUCAGAAUUUUUAAUUGUUUUACGAGAUGUGGUGGGUGGAAUGAAUCACCUCCGGGAGAAUGGCAUAGUGCACCGUGACAUCAAGCCGGGAAACAUCAUGCGUGUCAUAGGGGAAGACGGACAGUCUGUGUACAAACUCACAGACUUUGGUGCCGCUCGAGAGCUGGAGGACGAUGAGCAAUUUGUGUCCCUGUAUGGCACAGAAGAGUAUUUGCAUCCUGACAUGUACGAGAGAGCAGUGUUACGGAAAGACCAUCAGAAGAAAUACGGGGCUACCGUUGAUCUUUGGAGUAUCGGUGUGACGUUUUAUCAUGCAGCUACCGGGUCUCUGCCAUUUAGACCAUUUGAAGGGCCUCGUAGGAAUAAAGAAGUAAUGUAUAAAAUAAUCACUGGGAAGCCUUCUGGAGCGAUAUCUGGGGUACAGAAGGCAGAGAAUGGACCAAUUGACUGGAGCGGAGACAUGCCGGUUUCUUGUAGUCUUUCUCGGGGUCUUCAGACACUGCUUACCCCAGUCCUUGCAAACAUCCUUGAAGCUGAUCAAGAGAAGUGCUGGGGCUUUGACCAGUUCUUUGCAGAGACUAGUGAUGUACUUCACCGAAUGAUAAUCCACGUUUUCUCCCUGCAGCAGAUGACGGCACACAAGAUUUAUAUUCAUAGCUAUAAUACUGCUGCUGUAUUCCAUGAACUGGUCUAUAAGCAAACCAAAAUCGUUUCUUCAAAUCAAGAACUGAUCUACGAAGGACGGCGCCUAGUUCUAGAACUUGGAAGACUAGCCCAGCAUUUCCCUAAAACCACAGAGGAAAAUCCAAUUUUUGUUGUAAGCCGGGAACCCCUAACUACCAUAGGAUUGAUCUAUGAAAAAAUCUCCCUCCCUAAAGUUCAUCCACGCUAUGACCUAGACAGUGACGCGAGCAUGGCCAAGGCAGUGACGGGGGUCGUGUGUUAUGCCUCCCGAAUAGCCAGUACCUUGCUGCUCUAUCAGGAAUUAAUGCGGAAGGGGAUACGGUGGUUGAUUGAGCUGGUGAGAGAUGACUACAAUGAGACCGUUCACAAGAAGACAGAAGUCGUCAUCACGUUGGAUUUCUGCAUCAGGAACAUUGAGAAGACUGUGAAAGUAUAUGAAAAGUUGAUGAAAAUCAACCUAGAAGCAGCAGAGUUGGGUGAAAUUUCAGACAUACACACCAAACUGUUGAGACUUUCCAGUUCUCAGGGAACAAUCGAGAGCAGUCUGCAGGACAUCGACAGCAGGUUGUCUCCAGGGGGGUUGCUGGCUGACACCUGGGCACAUCAGGAAGGCACUCAUCCAAAAGACAGAAAUGUAGAAAAACUACAAGUCCUGUUAAAUUGCAUCACAGAGAUUUACUAUCAGUUCAAAAAGGACAAGGCAGAGCGCAGACUAGCUUACAAUGAAGAACAGAUCCACAAAUUUGAUAAACAAAAACUGUAUUACCAUGCAACAAAAGCAAUGACCCACUUUACAGAUGAGUGCGUUAAAAAGUAUGAAGCCUUUCUGGAUAAGUCGGAAGAGUGGAUGCGAAAGAUGCUUCAUCUCAGGAAACAGCUGUUAUCUCUAACCAAUCAGUGCUUCGAUAUUGAAGAGGAAGUGUCCAAGUAUCAAGACUAUACCAACGAGUUACAAGAGACUCUGCCUCAGAAGAUGCUGGCGGCCUCCAGUGGAGUCAAGCACGCCCUGGCUCCUGUUUACCCCAGCUCCAACACUUUAGUGGAGAUGACUCUCGGGAUGAAGAAACUGAAGGAAGAGAUGGAGGGGGUGGUGAAGGAGCUGGCUGAGAACAAUCAUAUUUUAGAACGGUUUGGGGCCUUAACAAUGGACGGUGGCCUCCGCAAUGUGGACUGUCUUUAGCUUUCCAGGGACUCUAGGAAGUUCUAGUUUGCACAAGAAGAUAACACUGGGGCUCGAAAUGAACGCCUUUGUGGGUGGUUCUUAUUUCUACAAUUCAGUAUUUGAUGAGGUCAUGUAAAUAUGUACAGUUUGUAAAUAUAUAAAAAUACAUAUAUAUAUAUAUAUAUAAAUUUUUGGCUGCUGUUCAGAUGUAAUUUUGCCUUUUAACAUUUGUAAGUACACAGGGCAGAUUGACCUCAGAGAGCUGUAGAAGCAAGCCAUGACCGGCCAGUGCUUUGGGAUGCUGUCCCGAUCCUCCAAGUGAGGCUGGAGAAACCCACCGCUCGGUGCCUAAGGAAAAUAUUUUUUAAAUUGGCAUCCUUCAAAAUCAGAAAGGACUGAUAGUUGUGAACGGUGGAGUGGUGGGCUUUGGUGAUGGGGAGCAGAGCCGACCCCCUGUUUACCAGGGUCAGCUCCUUUGACAAGGAUGAAGGGGCACUGUUUCUCUUUACAGGUGCCCAGAUCUCAGUUCUCCUUGUACAUUUAAUUUCAGGUGAAUUAUUGAGCAAAAAAUUUAAAGUGAAUUCAUUGUUUAAAUUAUUAAUUUUUCCUUUGCUCAUAAAUGUGUAAUUGUCAUUCAUAUUCUAGUAUCAUUUCAAUUGUUUUAAGCUGUAUAUUUCUGUACUUUAAUUCUGCUAACUGUUUCAUGAAAUAUUCUGCUUACUGU